CUUGGUUAAAUAUGGUUCAACGUUACCAAUCUCUUACUUAUUUCGUGAUGUCUUAGGGGGCAACUACCUGACGUUUCGAUAUUAUUGCUUCAGCUAAAUAUAUAUACUUCGACUAUACCUAAGUUCUUGCCAACAUUACCAACAUCCUUCAUCCCUUCCGUGCCUACGGAACUACCCACCUAUGUACCUACCCCGGUACCCAAUGGAGAUCCCUGCAACUGUAACGUUUCUAGAAAUCUAGAGCCGCUGAUUCGGCAGUUCGCUCUGACUCUUACUAUUGAUCCAUUUCCAUCUAUGAAUCGAAUUCUUGAAACCACCGAACAUAUAAUACAUAUAUACCUAUACGCAUGUCUAUCUCCUAAGAGGCAGUGUGCUGUAUUUGCUGUAUCUACUCGAUCACGACGAUUCGUUUUUCCCAAGUCACCUGUGCGAUUUCGAUUGCGACUGUGACUGACUACGACCACCUUUACGAUAAUAAAUAUUCUUCAUAUUCUUCUUCAUCUUCGGCGCUUUACAUAAUACAUAUUACAUACCAUUAACUGAGGUACCUUGCCUAUUCGAUUUUAGCACGACAUUCCGAUUUCUACAUACGUCUUAUUGUAGACAUGAUACCGACGUCAUCAUCCGGUCCUUAAGCUAUUGAACAUAUAAUUCUAUAAUUCGCAUUCAUAUUUCUCGACGACCUGCUCAGGUAGGAUAUAAAGAAUAUACGACGAACGUAUCAAACGCAGCAAUGAAGAGCGAUAUCGACCAUUUUCUUACGCCUCUUUCCAUUGAUGAGGAAAAGGCACACGCGCUUGCGCAUGAAUUAUGCCGAUCUUUUCACCAUUUAUCCGCCGACUCAUUGAACCAGUUUCUCCCAACUCCGAUAUCUGAGUCGAUAUUACGGCCUACGGCCGGGAGAGAAAAGGGGAGAUAUUUAGCCAUUGAUAUCGGUGGUACUAAUUUGAGAGUCGGCUUUAUCGAGUUAUUAGGGAAUGAGAUUGGCGUGAAUGGUUUCUGUAAUGGCGUCAAUGGUAGCCUAAAGAACUCGCAUUCGGAAUCAUCCUCUAAUAUCCGUCGAUUACUCGAGAAGUCAUGGCCAAUCCUAGAUGUUCUCAAAAACGAAAAUGCCGAUUCACUGUUCAAGUGGAUAGGGAGCUGUAUUGCAGAAGUCGUGCGCGAGGGAUGUGAGGAGUUCAAUCUACCUCGCGAUAUCGAACUUCCUAUGGGGGUUACAUUCAGUUUUCCGAUGGUACAGGAUACUCUAUCCGAUGCGACGCUGAUGGCUAUGGGAAAGGGGUUCACUAUCACAUCACGACUGCAUCUGGGAACUCACUUAAUUAAUGGGUACGAGAAGUCCAAGACCCCGGACUUACCUCCCAUUAAAGUCGCGGCGAUCUUGAAUGAUGCGGUUGCGACAUUGGUAUCCUUCAUAUAUCAAUCUAAGGAGGACAGCACCCAUAAAGCAGCAAUGGGACUGAUCUGUGGCACCGGAAGCAAUGCGACAAUACCCCUGAAGAGAAGCACUCUCCAUAAAGAUAAGCAACUCGGAAAAGUCAAGGUCUUGAACGGAGAUUCAACCGAUGACAUGAAGAUCGCGGUGAAUACCGAGUGGAGUAUCAAUGGAACUGCGCCACCUUUGCGGAAGUUUGGCUUGGUCAGCCAGUGGGAUACGAGACUCGAUUCCGAAGGCGAAGCACCCGGCUUUCAACCCCUCGAAUAUAUGACAUCGGGACGAUACCUAGGCGAGCUUGGACGCCUAAUGUUAUUAGAUUACCUUGAGCAUCACAUGAAUAUCCCGAUACACACAUUACCCCCACGACUCUUAACACGAUUCGGCCUCACGACCACAUUUCUCAGCCAUUUCCGACCACCGAACGCCGUUGCAUUGUUAGAGAAGCUCGAGGCCGAAUUUCCGUCCUCGACUACGGAUCCUUUUCAAUGGACGGAGGAAAUUGCGUUGGUUUUAUAUAAUAUAUCCAAGGCCAUUGAAGUCAGAGCAGCGGGGAUCGUUGCCGCGGCUGUUAUCGGACUGCUCAUGUGCGCAGGGGAUAUCCCUCUACGAGAAUCAUCUCAAGAUACUACGAACGGCCACACCAAGCUGGAACAACGGUCUAAGCUGAACCUGAUUGUUGGUUACACGGGUGGUUGCAUCGUUCAUUUUCAAGAUUAUUUGGCAGAUUGCCAAAAGUUUCUCGAUGCUAUCAUUAAGGCCGAAUUUGGCGAAGACGCCCCGGUCAGGGUUGUAUUGAGUCCCUGUCAUGAUGGCGGAAUAACUGGCGCUGGUGUGUUAUGCGGCGCUUCCCAGGCAAAGUCUAAGGAUGCUAGCGUUUAAUGUCUUUAUCACAUAAUAGACUGGGAUAUCCUGGAGUUGGGAGAGGCUAUGUUCAUACUAUAGUAGAAGGGACAUAGGUAUCGGGUAUCAUGGUGACCACAGCAUCUCAUCAUAGCAACAGAGGUGUUUUCGUAUGGGAGGCAUUGUUUUUACAUGUACGCUGUAGCAUCAUGGAUUGAUUUUGGUGUUAUCCACAUUUAUGUGCAUUUUGCAUGAGGCAUUCUCAUUCUACGGCAUAGUAGUAAGUAUAACAAUAACUUGCGCCACAUGCGCAGUUUUCAUUCUCGUUUAUUCAAGAAAAAUCAAAG